AUUUCAUUGCGGCGUUUCUUGUUGCCGAUAUCUAUCUUGAAAUACAUUGAUUAUUUAUAAAUCUUUACAAUGGCCGUGAACAGUGCCACGUCUUUCGUGUUAUCAUCAAUUUUGACUCUCCUAAUAUUUUCGGGGAUGCAGAUGUAUAAGCCGAUCUUGGUAAGGUCACCAGUGACUAUAAUUUUCGGUGGCUACCUCGGUUCAUUGAUGUUCAUGUUCUUCGUAACUGCCAUUGGUAACUUAGAAGCAACAUUGUUUGGCAAGAACUUUCAGUUGAAGUUACCAGAAGUAGUUAUUUCCAUGGCUAUUUCGUUGAUAGCAGCUGGUAUGGUACACAGAAUCUGCUUCACUACAUGUUUGAUAUUCUCUCUCAUCACAAUCUAUUACAUGAACAAGUUAUCACAAAAGACUUAUGCAGCAUCAGCACCUGUUGCAGUCCCCACCAAAAGUCGACGCCACAAAUGAAUUGUUAAUUAUAG